AUGGAUCUGAAACGAGGAGCGCAGAUGUGGCUGCUGCUGCUGCUGGUCGCAGCGUCGCAUUGGAGUUCAAGAGCUCACGCCAAGACCGUCAUGGGAGACGUGUCCGCGCUGCAGGUGUUCAAGCUCUCUGUGAGCAACUCUUCGGCUUUGGCGGACUGGGAGGGCUUUGAGCCGUGCAAGAAGGAGUGGUUCGGCGUGAACUGCGGGGAGUCGACGCGGUCGAAGCAUCGAUGGGCCGUUGUCGCGAUAGAGCUGCCGAACUGCAAUCUGGGAGGGGAGAUCCCGGAGGCGAUCGGCGACCUCGUGGAGCUCACGAAACUCAAUUUGCGGAACAACAAUUUCACGGGGCUGCUUCCCGCGUCGCUCAGCCGCCUGACCGCGUUAGAGUCACUAGACGUUUCGGGAAACCCGUUCGAGGUCGCACCUUCCACGAACCUUACCGCCGGCGCGCCUCCCCCGCUGACGUCAGACCCCAUCUCGAUAAUACCGGAGCCAGACGCCCCGGGCCCGAAAAUUCCGGGGCUGGUUAAGACAGGAAGAAAGAAGGGCUCGGGAAGGAAGGGACGCGGGAAGAACGGUCGACGAGGGAAGGCAGGCAAAAGGGGGAAUUCUACUGCUGAGCCGCCUGCUGCUGAGCCCCCUACGACAAAGCCUUUGCCGGCUGCCAAACCGCCAACCGUCAAGCCAUUGCCGGCAGCCAAGCCGCCUGCCGUCAAGCCAUUGCCGGCAGCCAAGCCGCCUGCCAUCAAGCCGCCAGUUGGGACGAUCCCGCCAAAAAGCAGUCCGGAUAAAGUGCGUCUUCCCGCUGUUCCUCUAGAGCCGCCUACAGACGAAUCCCCCAAUAGUAGCCCCGUCCCCGGUACAACCCGCUCCCCGUCGCUACCGCCUAAAUCCGUGUCUGCGCCUUCUUACGAGACCGCCUCUCCGCCGCAUUCAGCAGCCGGCGAAACGAAGACGCCGGCUAUAGAAGUUCCGCCGGACAAUGCGGGGUCCACGAGCAGCGAUAGCAGUGACAGCAGCAGCAGCAGCAGCAGCAGCAGUGGCGGCAGCAGCGGCAGCAGCAGCAGCAGCAACAGCAGCAGCGGCAGCAGCAGCAGUGACAGCAGCACAGCGUCGUUGGACGAUUCCUCUCUCGCCUCUACCUCCUCUUCCUCCCCGUCCUCCUCUACUUCCCCUCCUCCUGCCCCUGCCGAGAUGCCGUCCACCAAUAACAUUGCGCUAUACGUAGGCAUAGCGGCGGGCGUGGUUGUCGCGUUCCUGUUGGGCGUCGCGCUCGUGCUGCUCUACAUCUACCUGCGGCGGCGCCGCGCGGAGACCAAGGACUUUGCGUCGAUUAAAGACGUCGCGGCGGGCGCGGACGGGCGGGGGGAGGGUUACGGGACAUCUGGCGCGGUUGCCGCGGCGGGAUACGCGGCGGGGAAUGCGGGGAAGAGGGGAGGUGGUGGAGGGGGAGUGUUUGGAAGGCUAUGGCCAGGGACUGGAAAGGUGGCUGAUCUUGGCACAGUAUCUGCCUAUCAGCAACAAGCUCACGCCCCUGCCGCUCCGCCCGCCGCGGUUCCAGCUCACGACCAUGGCGCGAAUCUCCUUCCCCCGCACGACCUUUCCGCGAUGAUUCCGCACAGCGGUGCGUCGUACCACAGCGGCUGCGCCGCAGUCAGCGCCGUGCAUAGCGGCGCGAACAGCGCCGCACACAGCGGCGUGCAAAGCGUUACCGUGGAAGGCGGCGCGGUGUCACCGUACGCGCCAGCCUCGGCGUACGCAUCGGCUGCCGAGCCUGGCAGCAACAUGUCGAGCCAGUUCCCGAGCCGCACUCCGAGCCAGACGCCGAGCCAACCGAUGAGCCACGUGGCAGGCCCGGGGCUAGCAGCGGCUAUAGCCGCGGAAGCGGGGGGCAGAAUCGGCGGAGGGGAAGGGGGAAGCGGAGGAGCUGGGGGAGGAUACGCGGCUCAUAGUAGCAAUAGCAGCGCGCAGACGCCUGGGGCCUCUGUGGGGUCCUCAAAGUCGGGGCGCAAUAUGGCGGAGUAUAGGCUGAUGCUGCCCGGGCGGAGCCUGAGCAACACGGUGAUGGAGUUGACGUAUGAAGAUGUGCUGGGAGCAACGGACAACCUGGCAGAGGCGAACGUGAUUGGGUCGGGCGGGUUUGGGCGCGUGUACUGCGGAAGGCUGGCGGGGGCUGGCGUGGCGGUGAAGGUGCUGGAAGCGGGGAGCAGUCAGGGCGAUCGAGAGUUCCAGGCAGAGGUGGAGCUGCUGAGUCGGCUCAGGUCGCCCCAUCUAGUGCAUCUGGUGGGCUACUGCAUAGCAGGGGGGAGCAGGGUGCUGGUGUACAAUCUCAUGGCGAAUGGGAGCCUGAGCGACCUGCUGCAUGAUAACAGCAGUGAUGGAAGCUUCAUGCAGCGGUUUGGGAGGGAGCGGCCGCAGGUGGAGUGGCAGCAGCGCAUGCAGAUCGCUCUGGACGCCGCCCGGGGGCUCAUGUUCCUGCACCACGCCGCCACCCCCGCUGUCAUUCACCGCGACUUCAAGAGCAGCAACGUGCUGGUGGACCACGACUUCCAUGCGCGCAUUGCUGAUUUUGGGUUGGCUCGGGAUGGUCCCAGUGGGGAGAAGCGUUGGGUGUCGACACGUGUACUGGGCACCACAGGUUACUUGGCCCCAGAAUAUGUUACCACGGGUCGCCUGACCCCCAAGUCAGACGUGUACUCGUUUGGCAUCGUGCUGCUGGAGCUGCUCACAGGGCUCGUGCCCAUUGACCACGACAGGCCUCCCAAUAGAGUUUCACUCACUUCCUGGGCGCUGCCGCUGCUGACGCAACGAGAGAGGCUGGGAGAGCUGCUGGACCCGCGCCUGGAUGGGACUGUUCCCCUGCACCAGUUCAUGCAGUCCCUCAUGCCGCCCAUGGACCAUGUGGUGCAGUCCCUCAUGCCGCACAUGGACCAUGUGGUGCAGUCCCUCAUGCCGCACAUGGACCAUGUGGUGCAGUCCCUCAUGCCGCACAUGGACCAUGUGGUGCAGUCCCUCAUGCCGCACAUGGACCAUGUGGUGCAGUCCCUCAUGCCGCACAUGGACCAUGUGGUGCAGUCCCUCAUGCCGCACAUGGACCAUGUGGUGCAGUCCCUCAUGCCGCACAUGGACCAUGUGGUGCAGUCCCUCAUGCCGAACAUGGACCAUGUGGUGCAGUCCCUCAUGCCGCCCAUGGACCAUGUGGUGAGUCCUCCGCUCUGCAAGGCUGCCAUCUCGCCUCCUCAUUCCCCACCCUCCCUUGCUUGCCCCCAUCCCCUCUCUGCCUCCCUUCACCAGGCGGCCUCUGUAGCAGCAGUGUGCCUGCAGGCAGACCCAGACUACAGGCCGCACAUGGAUGAUGUGGUGCAGUCCCUCAUGCCGCUCUGCAGGGCUGCCAUCUCGCCCUACGCCUCUCCCGCCCAGUCCAACCACUCCUCCCUCAGAUGA